GGUUCCAUUCAUCAUUUAUCUCUCUCUCUUUUUCUCUGUAUACACACUCACUUUCUUCAACAAUUUAUUCAACAAUCUCCCAUCAAUUUUCAAUCUUUAAAAAACCCCAUUUCAUAUCAGCUCUUAAUUUCACUCUGCCACGUGUUUCGGCAGCUGGGUGUUGACAACAAUUUCGCUUUAGGGUUUUCUUGGUGGCCUUGAAAUGAGCUUAAUUUCACAAAUAAUGUGAUUAUAUGAUGGAAAGUCAAAGACUUUAUUAUGGGUCUUAAUCAGGUGAUUACCAAAUAAUGUGAUUCUAUAUGACAUUGUAAAAGAAAAUAAUGCUUUUCAUUGAAAAGCCAUUUAAAGCAUUCUGUAUUUGCUUUAUUAGUUAUCCGUUAAACUUCUUCCUUUUCCCUUUGGAUUAUUCUUAUUCCUGUGAUAAUUAUAUAACUUGGUCCAAUUGUUGUUUCAAGAUUUAUUAGUGGUGAUAUAUACAUAUACUUAAUAUAUAAAUAUAAAUAUAUAGAUAUACCCUGCAAAAGCAUAUUCAACCGGCCAACGUUUCUGGGUCUCACGGUCAGGCAGCGCAGGGUCACUAGCUUGAGAGGAAAAAUUCCUCUAAGGGACUAAGGGUUCCUGGGCAUUCACCCUUUAUAUAUAUAUAUAUAUAUUAGCAUUGAUGGGACUUCUAAAUGGAAGUCUCACGAUGCUGCUUGUGAUUGUUGGUGUUAUGUUGUUUGGGUGGACAGAAGCUCAAACAACACCUGCAAGAGGUCUAGAUGCUAUUCUGCAAGAUUAUGGUUAUCGUGCGUUUGUUAGACCAAAAACUGGUGUUGAGUAUGAUGGGGUACCCCCUUUGAACUUGACAGGGAUUCGGGUAUCGGUAAUGAGGCUACGUAGUGGUAGUUUGUUUACUAGGGGUGUGAAAAUGUAUAAUGAGUUUGUUAUACCGGUUGGGGUUAUAGAAACGCCGUAUGUUGAGAGGCUAGUUUUGGUUUAUCAAAAUCUUGCGAAUUGGUCUAUGGUGUAUUACCCUUUAACUGAUUAUGUGUAUCUAGCUCCUGUUUUGGGUCUUCUUGCAUAUGAUGCGACGGAUUUGACAGCCAAGAAUCCAAAAGAAUUGGAAAUACGUGCGUCUGAAGAACCUAUUGAGAUUGAGUUUACGUUAACAAGAAGUGUGCCUGAUGGAUCAGUUGCAAGAUGUGUGCUUUUUGGUCUAAAUGGUACUGUGAGUUUUACAAAUGUGGAGUCCGGGAACAAGUGUGUGACAUAUGAACAAGGGCAUUUCUCAAUUGUAGUUGAAUCUAUUGCGCCUUCCCCUGCUCCGGCAGAGCAACCACCAGGACCAACACCGUCCCAUCAGGGCGGUGGAGGGAACGGUUCUCGGGUCUGGAUUAUUGUUGGGUCUAUAGUUGGUGGCAUUGCGUUAUUGGUGUUGUUGGCAUUGUUGAUAUUGUGGGUUUGGAGAUUUAACAAGAGGAAGAAAAUGCGUAGAAUGGAAAAGGCUGCAGACGCAGGUGAAGCUUUGCAUAUGACAAUGGUUGGAAACACGAAAGCACCAUUGGCUACGACUACAAGAACACAACCAACUUUGGAAACCGAAUACGUCCCUUGAUGUUCAUAUUUCUUGGUCCAUUGAUCAUAAAAAGGUAUUCAUCCAAGUUACAUAAUUCUUUUGGUAAAUGUUUUGUGAUGUAAUGUUGUGUGAAUAACUACCUCUUUAAUCUCACAAAACCUGUUGAUAGUUUAACAUUUUGUUGAGUGUGUGUGAAUUCUAGGUUUUUAGUCAAGAGUGAUAAUUCUAUUCAUAGUAAAUUUUGUGAAACAUUGUCAAAGAAUAAAUUCUCCUUUUUUAGCA